AUGGCGGCACAGGCAUACACAGCCAGUCUUGACCAAACACUACGGGAGCUCCAGCAACAGGUUCAACAACAUGAAGAAGAGCUAGAACGACUUCGGUCAGAGGAACUCCAACUUCCAGAGUCGGUGGUGGGACAAUCGCGGAUCAUUCAAGCUGCCCUCAAGGAAGUGACAGAGUCAGACCCCUUCCUGCCAUCGCCAGGCUCUCUGCUCCCAGCGCUGCUAGCCUUGCGCAGAACUCACCAGACAAUUCAAGAGUCAAACACUUAUCUCGCUUCUCAGCGCUCGAGCCAUGAGCAGCUAUCGCGCCAGCUUGAGGCUGACGAGGCGCGUCUCAAGGACCAAAAUCUCCUUGGCGAUGCUCUGACCGCACGGAUUGACUCAUUACGAGAUGAAGUAGACGCAAACACAAAUGUCACUCCGGAAGAAGGAGCAAGGGAGCGACUACAGGAGCUUAGAGCGAAGAAAAAGAAUUUUGACAGGGACACUUCCAAGCUCAUGAAAGUCCUGCUUCGGUUUAUCGAUAAUCAUCUGGCACCUAUGCUGGCAGCGGAAGAGCUUGGUGGUCCUGUUGUUGGCGAUCUCAUGGACGUUGAUGGAGAAGCAUUGGCCGCUGGGUUCAACGCCCAGGGAAAACUCAAAAAGCCAAAAGAGACUGCCGACAAAGACGAUAAGCGACAACGGAGGAUUGAUGAGAUCUGGGGACAAGCGGCUGAAGAGGGUGCCGGGCGACAGAACGAGGUCACGGCGGCGGCGGCAGAAAUGAAGUCGCUUACAGAGGAGCUUCUAAACACGCUUGCUGAAGCCGGAGGCGAUAAUUCAGCGUCCUACGUGCAAAUACCGCGCGAAUCUGCGGCUGCACGAUUCUUGGUGCGAUCCAAAAUCGCGCAAUUUCACCCGAGAGAUGCGAUGAGGCUCAAGUUGAUCGAUUUUGGACGAGACCUCGAAGGAUGA